UGUUAUAUUCAACUGAAGGUGGUACGUCCUGCAGCCACUGCUGGUUGGGGAAGAAGAGAAUGUUGGCAGAAGUCAGGCUGAAGGAACUGGAGAUGCUGAUUGUUACAGGAAGGUUACUCAACGUUGAGGGUCUCCUGGAUGUCUUGGUCUGUGUGUUUGAGGAGCUGAGUGAGUCGGCGCUAAGGGACCAGAGGCAUAUCUCGGACUUCCUUGCUUGGGCUGGCCCGAUCGUGAAGAAGGUGAAGGAUAUGCAGCUGCAAAAGAGCGACUUCGACAUCCUGAAAGUCAUCGGCAGAGGAGCCUUCAGCGAGAUUGCAGUGGUGAGGCUGAAGUUCACCGAUUGCGUGUACGCAAUGAAGAGGAUGAACAAGUGGGACAUGUUAAGCAAAGAGGCGACUGCCCGAUUCCGUGAGGAACGCGAGAUUCUGGUCAACGGGGACAGUCGAUGGAUUACCAAGCUCCACUUUGCCUUCCAGGAUGAGGAUCACCUGUAUUUCAUCAUGGAUUAUUAUGCGGGAGGAGAUUUCCUGACACUACUGAGCCGGUUUGGUGAUCGAUUCCCGGAAGACAUGGCACGGUUUUAUCUCGCAGAACUUGCGCUAGCCAUCAGCUCUGUACAUGACCUUGGCUACAUACACAGAGAUGUGAAGCCUGAUAAUGUUCUGCUGGAUGUGAAUGGCCACAUCAGGCUGGCCGAUUUUGGCUCCUGCCUGCGAAUGAACAAGGAUGGCUAUGUGCAAUCGGCGGUGGCAGUCGGAACCCCGGACUAUAUCUCCCCGGAGGUGUUGCAGGCUCUGGAAGAUUCCUCGGCAAUGUACGGUGCCCACAGCGACUGGUGGUCCUUCGGAGUCUGUGCUUACGAGAUGCUUUUCGGUCAGACCCCCUUCUACGAUGAUACUCUGGCGGGUACUUACAGGAAAAUCCUCAAUCACAGGGAGACCUUUCACUUCCCGGAUUCAGAGUGGGACGUGACUGACCAGGCGAGGAGCUUCAUCGAGAGAUUGGUUUGCAGCAGGGAGGAGAGGCUGGGGCAAAAUGGAGUGGAGGACUUUAAGCAACACCCCUUCUUCUGUGGCAUUGUGUGGGAUCUCUUGGGUCAGUGUGAGCCUCCCUUCUUCCCUGACGUCACCAGUCCCACCGACACCUCAAACUUCGAUGUGGAGGAGGGAGCCUUCAGCGUUGCAGAGACUGGGCGUCCCGUUUCCCACAGCGUUCUUCCUGGGAUCCACCUUCCGUUUGUGGGAUUCACCUUCUCCAGCAUCAGGCAGAAGGACACAGCGGAGAUUGUGAAGGGGCUGGAAGGGCCGGAAGUGAAACUGGUCACAGGUGGGAAUGGGGAGCCGGACUCAAACGCAGAGAGCCAGACUCCAAACCUGGAUCAAGCUGGGUUACAGAGGUGGCAGUCAGCACCAGAGGUGGGUGUUCUGCGGGUUGUCAACAUUGAAGAGGAGCUUCUGAAAGCAAAGCUUCUUAACAUGGACACUGAAAGUCUCCUCAUGAAAGCCAGCACCAGAAAUAGAAUAUUAGAAGACGAAGUAAAGCAGCUGAAGAUGGAGAUAGAAGAAAUGAGGGUUAAACUGAACCAGGAUCAGAUGCACUUUGACCUUCAAGGUUUCCCGUUCUGGCCUGAAUUGGACAGUCCUUGGGACAGAGGCAGCAUGGUGGCCCCAUCGCUCUCAGACUCUCCUCUUGUGGUCCCUGUCCUUCGGUACCUGGUGUUAUUUGCUGGGGUCCCAAAAGCAGUGGGAGUGACAAAGGGUCUGGCGCUCUUAAGCAUGACUGCGUCCAGACAGAUGUGUCCUGCGCAUGCCCAGGAGGAGGAGCUUCGCCCAAAUAUCCGUUUUAAUAUGGACGGAGGUAUUUUCAAAAACGCCUGGUGUGGACACCUAUCGUUUUUACACGAAACUGGCAUUUUCAAAAUGAUCCAGUCUAGUGUCGACGUACCCUAAGUGACCUUGACUGCUGAAUGAUUGUUGGUGCCAGAUGGGGUGGUUUGAGUAUCUCAGAAACUGCUGUUCUCCUGGGAUUUUCAUGCACAACCAUCUUGAGUGUUUACAGAGAAUGGUGUGAGAAACAAAAAACAUCCAGUGAGUGGCAGUUCUGUGGGCGAAAGUGCCUUAUCAAUGGGAGAUGUCAGAGGAGAAUAGCCAGACUGAUUCAAGCAGAGAGGAAAAUGACAGUAUCACCGAUAACCAAAUGUGAUAGCAGUAGAUCAUCUCUAAAUGCACAACGUUGAACCUGCAAGUGGGUGGGCUACAUCAGCAGAACACCAGAUUGAGUUCCACUCCUGUAUCUAACAAGACGGCCAAUAUGUGUAACUAAUAGACUUGUAUGACCCUUCCCCCUAACCAACCACCAAACCAACAUUGAACCAUGCAACCCAUACCAGGACCCUCAAUGAUCCAUCACUUAGAGCCUUCACCAUCCGGGGUAUAUCCUCUUCUCUUUACUGAAACUGUUCGUAAAACUUUGAGUGUGGAACUGUACCUCCUCCCUGUUGGUAGUAAUGCUAAAGGUCCUUAACAAUGAUGCUGCCUUCUCGAGGCACCUCCUUUUGAAGAUGAACUCAAUAGUGGGUAAGAUUGUGACCGUGAAGAGAAUGGCUAAGUCUAAAAUCUUCUUCAGCCUGGUGUGAUCAGUGCUUCGGAGUCUCCACACCAGGCAAUGAUACCACCAGUCAGAGAGCUCUGUACAGCCUUUGCAAUGAAGGUUCAGCAGAACUGAUUCUCCAAUCUUACUACAGGGAGGGUAGGAAAACUGAAGAAAACGGGUUCUUGUACUUUCUUUCUGCAACUACCUAAUAUAGAUCUGAUUUCCUCCCUCAGCCCAAAAAUGUGUGGGUUGAUGGGUUAAUUUGCCACCACAAAUUGCCCCUAGUGUAUGGCCGAGAGGUACCAUGGGAGAGUCGAGAGAACUAUGCGGGAUUAGUUUAGGACUGCUGUGAAUGGGUGCUUGAUUAUUG